AUGACCCUAUUGGAGUAUUUGAAAUCUAUCAUGAGCGGCCUAUUCAAUCGACUUACAUCGAAAAGCAAGGGUGAGCCGGUCCAGCCGGUGCGCGAGAUCACCCGAAACCGCCCCGGGUCGGGACACAGCAAUGUUUCUCAAGACGGACCCCAGGCGCCAGUCGAAGCCCAAGCACUCUACAAUUCGCCGGGCCCGCACCCCAAAUAUAAGUAUCUGCAGUUCCGCCGAGGAGAACGCCUGAAGAUUCUCAGAGAAGCAAAUGACAAUUGGUGGCAGGCCGAGCAUCCGCGCACUAAGGAGAGGGGCUACGUGCCCACCCAAUAUAUCGCGCUGAUGUGGCCGAUUCGGAAUGAGCCGUGGUUUUACUGGGAUUGGGAUCGGGACAAGUCGCAGAACCAUCUGCUUGGCGAUCACCGACUUCCGCCCGGUACAUUUGUGGUUCGACCGAGCUCUUCGGCUGGAUUCGCUUUGGACGUAAAGUUUGGCCCACGCGUUUUCAAGCCGUUUCGCAUCGACCAGGACCAAGACAACCAUUAUUACUACAUCGAAGAAGAGUUCAAGUUCCGUUCUAUCCAGCAGUUGGUCCAGCAUUAUCAGACGAGUAAAUCUCCCCUACUGAAGAUCCGCCUUGGCAAAUGGCCUGUCGAAGCGCGGGCGGCCGCACCGCCCUCGCGAGACGAAUGGGAGAUCGACUCGCGCGAGCUAGUGAUUGGCGUCCUUAUUGGCCAAGGAAAUUUUGGCCUGGUGAAACGGGCGAUGUGGCAUCGAUUGCCUGUGGCUGUCAAGACCCUCCUCAAUAGCCCAAAUCGUGAUGGCGAAAAGGACUUUAAAGAUGAAGCCCAGCAGCUGAAAGAGCUCGAUCACCCACAUAUCGUCCAGUUAUACGGGGUAAUUACGGUGAAACAGCCAUACAUGCUGGUAACCGAAUACAUGUCUGACGGAUCGCUGCUGCGUUACAUGCGAAAAAAGGGAUCACCCGUAGACCACGCACAAGCCAUUGACAUCUUGAUCCAGAUUGCGGCCGGGAUGGAAUAUCUAGCAGGAAAGGGGAAAAUCCAUCGCGAUCUGGCGGCACGUAACGUACUCAUCGACUUGAGCGCGCGCAAAAUCGUCGCUAAGGUGAGCGACUUUGGGCUGACGCGCAACAUGCCCGAUGAUCACUACUACACGUCUCACGGCAAUUUUCCGGUCUGCUGGAGCCCGCCAGAGGCACUGGAAACGUACAGCUUCACGGAACGUUCGGAUUGUUGGUCGUAUGCUGUGGUGAUGUUUGAGCUAUACACGAGCGGCGAAGCACCUUAUGCCAGAGAGAUCGAGCAGGCGUCUAAGCGCCCAGACUACUUGCUGAAGUGGUUAGAGCAAGGGAACCGUCUGCGGCAGCCGGCACGAUGUCCGGAUGCAGUUUUUUCGAAGAUAAGCAAUCCCUGCUUCGCCAGGGCCUGGCGUGAACGUCCAAGUUUCACCGAGAUCCUCGCCAUUCUCAAGGCGCUGAAGCCCGAUGAAAUCGAACCACCGCCACGUACAGAACACAGAAACGGCCAGCCAACGCCGAAGCGA